GUGGAAGAGAGGAGGGGAAAAAAGAGAGGGGAGCAUAAGACUUUAAAUAUUUUCUAGACUAAAAGUUAUCAUACAGAAGUAAACAUGCCUUCUGAAACAGGAAAAACAGACAUGGACAGAAUUGGCCUCUUUAGCGAAAUGGAAUAUAUUACUAUUGGAGAUAAAUAUGUCUCGCCAUUUAGCCGCCCUUUUAAUGAAGCUGCAGGCAAGAAUAAACAAAUGCUACCUGGAGGUAUUAAAGAGAAAGGAGCCACCCAAGCAGGAUAUUUUGAUCCUCAGUUUUCAAGAAUUUUUGAAGGUGAAAGUUACUCAAAUCCUGUUCAGUUAAGGAGAAGAUACCGAUUGGCUGAGGCAAAAAAAAAUCUGGGAGCCAGACCCUUUCUUCCCAAUAAUGGAGAUAAAUUUCCGUGUGGCGUAGGAACCUACUACGGAACAAUUAGUGGUCCAUGUACCUACUUCAGUGCUCAAUUGAAAGAUAAGAUUGCAUAUGUACAACCAGGGAAAAAUCUAUACACCAGUCCAGGGAAGAAAGGAACUGGCUAUGGGUAUCCAAAUCUCACCAUAGGUAAACCAUACACACAUUCAGUUGAAUUGUUUGACAUAGGAAGAAUAAAUUUUAAGAAAAUAUCUGAAGAACAUCGCCAUCUGAUGAAAGGUGGACCAUUCAAGUUAAAUCUUUAUCCCCGAGAAUAUUUCGAUACAAAUCCUUACCAUGAUGAAGUGCCGUUGCCUCCACCAAAAAAACAACCUGAAAAAGUACCCAUUCCACAGCCUUUUAAGCCAAGUUCUCCAGCUAAAAAGCCAGGAGGCAUGAAAGCAGGCACAUUUGAUCCGUUUCCAACUCAUUCUACAGACCCAUAUGGCAUUAGAAUGCCUAGGGCUUCCACAACUAAUAAACAAGGAAAUGUAUUUCACCCUAAUCCUGGAACUAAGAGCAGACCAGUAAGAAGUAUUAUGGCCUUAAACAUUGAAAAGUCAUUAAAUGUAACUAAUUACACAAAUCCCCGUGUGAUGUCGUAUUAGCUGCACAAAAGCAAGGUGAAGGAAUGUACUUUCUGGACUGCAAACAGUAACAGCUCAAAUAAAAGUUUUGUGGCUGAGAGAAAUAUGUCAAAUACCGCUAUCUGCCUUCAUUUUAUAAGAACUAAUUAAUAAUAUAGUUACUGAUGAUAUAUAUAUAUAUAAUGUAAAUUAAAUUUUGAUAUGUUAUUUAUGUUGUGUAUAUCAGAUAGUAUUUUUUGGGGGUGUGUUUUUUUGUCUGCCAUGAAAAGAAAUACUAUUAUUUAUUAUUGUCCUGUGUCUUUUUUUUAAUCUGAAUGUAGUCAUUAAAUAAUUGCUCUUUUAAAAUGAAGUUCCGUGAAUUGUAAAUGCUCUUGAAUGAAAGCAACUAAUAAUAACCUGGGCAACUCUACACUGAAAUGAAUAUUCUUCAGACAUUUAAAAUGAAAGCUGAGAAUUUAACUUCAUAGUAUCACUGUGGAACCAGACUUGCUAGCCUCCUUCCCCAACUUAGAACUUUUAAAGCUUUACAAUGGGUGAAAAGUCCCAAGUCAUCCAGUGAGCUAUUGAAUCCCACAGUUUGUGAUGGAAGUGAAAAGAACUAAAGAAUCAGUGUCUUUUAGUCAUCAUGUCUGUAUUUUAUCUCUAGAUAACAGAUAAGAGUUAUCAGUCUCCAAAUACCAGUUUUGGGAAGCAUGGAGGAGAGAACCUUUCCCUUUCUUUCAUACUAAUGAGCAUUUUUGCUGGCUACUGAUUGUUUGCUGUAAGAAAUAGGAUGCUAGACUGUUGAAGUGUUUCUAAUCCAAAAAAGUUUUUCUAUGUUAAAGCUUACACCUGUGCUCAUGUGGAAGUAAACCCAUUGAAAUCAUUGCAGGUUCUUUCUAAAUGGACAUAUGUACACUUGUGCUGAAUGUCCACCUAUGACUGUCACAUUCUCAUUCCAAUCCAAGGAUAAGAUGUACCAGCUUUGAAGAGAAUGCAAUGAAAUUUGAGUUUCAGCUGGACUUUAGCGGGAUUAUCUCUUGAGCAGAAUAGUACAGAAUUCGGCUAUUUAUAGAAUUAUUGAUAAAGUGCU